CGUAUUUGAUCUACCAACUAUGUGGUGGAAUAUUUUAGUGACUCUUUUGGUCUUUCCAAGUAUAUUAAUGGCUCAAAGAGAUUGCUCCCACAAUGAGUACGAUCGAUGUAUUCGAAUAGCAGACCCCUUAAUUAAGGAGGCACAUUUAGUAUUUCCAGACAACAUCGGAGAUAUCGAGCAGGUUUGUAAAAUAUGGAAUAUGUUUGUAGACUGUUUAAAAGCCUUUACCGACAACUGUUUCACCGAUCAAGAAAGGAAAAAAUUUAACAGGGCUGUAGAGAGCCCCAUUGAAAGUAUACAUCAAAUGUGCAUGCACACCAGUUAUCAAAAAGAAUAUCUGCAAUAUGCGCCAUGUAUAAAGAGCACGAUAAUCGAAAGGAACUAUUGCGGACCCCAUUACAAUACUCUUGUAGAUCAAGCUGAACAAGGAGAAAUUAUUUCAAAGUCAACGCUUUGCUGUUCUCAUGGUCGGUUUAAGCAAUGCGUCUUGAGAGAGACCAGGAGAACCUGCGAUAGUGGCAAAUUUGAUGGAAGAGCAUCCAAAUUUGCCUCCCAAAUAUUAGAUAAAGCUUUCAAAUUCUUGCAGGAUCAAUGUGUUAAUUAUAUCCCCAACUCGGGUGAUUGUAUUUCUACGCAAGAUUCGGUAAUUUCUUAUUCCGAUCGAUCCAAUCCGUCUUCCGCAAUAAGCACAUCAUCCAGCGAAGUUUAUCCUUGGAGUACGAUCCAGCAAGAAAUGGGCGGACGGGAAGUUUCUUCUUCAAGGAGCCCUAAAUUAUCUACUUCUCAGAGUUGGUUAUCAUCCAGCGUACCAUCGAGAGCUGACAAAGUCAGUUCUGCAGGAUUAGGUUCUAUAGCUCCAACUCAAAACUUGGGCACUCGUACGCGCCCUGCCUCAUACGGCAGGUCUAACAGUUGGUCUUCCGAUCCCACUUCAAGCAGCACCGUUCCUACGAAUACUGCCCCAAUGUUUCCAGCAAUGAGCAGUACUCCUACCAGUUUUCGGGAUGUUUUUGGUACCAGACCAUCAUGGAAUGUUUACUCCGGGAUUAAUAACAGAUUGGACGGAAAAGCUAUUUCAUCUGAGCCGUGGAGGCCGACCGAUCAUCCUUCAACCACACCUCAAUAUCAUUCUCCACUGUGGAACUCUUUAAACACACCUACUACACAUACAUGGUAUCCUGCUGCUGGAAAUCAGAUGACUAAUGAAGUGGAUGAACCCAAUCAAUUGGGACUAAGUAAACCGGAAAAUGCUGCAUGUGAAUGGAGGAAUCUUGGGGCCAUGCAUAGAAUAUUUACGAUUUGCCUAAUUGCGCUGAGAAUGUUGGCUACAUGAAUGCAGUUUCUUAUUCAGUUAUAUUUCGCAAUAAAUACGUCUAUAUAUAAUUAAAAAAAAACGCUUUAUAGAUAUUUAAAUUAUCGUAGAUAGUAAACUAUUUCCUGAAAAGCUGAGGAGAGUCUGAAAUAUUGUUCCCUUAAUUAAUCUGUAAACGCAGAACACUUGAAAUAUUUACUCGCCAGAAUCAGUUCCGAAUUAAAGGUGAAUUGAUAAAGAAAACUCAUUUUCGAAACAUUGGUUUCAGUGCAAAAGUGUGGCGUGAAAAGUAAUGAAUUAAGUCUCAAUCGCGUCGUUUCAGCCCAAAAAAGGUGUUUAUGUCUAUAUUUAUCAAUAUCAAAUGUGUUUUAGCUCCUAGCUAUAGUUCGUAUACUUUUAUAUACAGGGUGUCCACGAAGAAGGUGCAAAUAUUUAAACUCUAUAUGCUUGCACUUUUUACGCAGAUAUUCUGGAUAAUAUAUUAGCCUUUACUACUAUUGCUACGUCCUUCAGAACUAUACUAGUCAGUGAAUACAUAUAAACUUUAAGAUGUAUUUUAUUAUAUUUGGAGUUGAUGUUAUGUGCAAAAUAUAGCGUAUAUUUUAAA